AUGCGCUGCAAUCACUAUCUAGAAGCCUCGAAUAACGCGCUCUCGCCUUCCCUGUCGCUCUCGUUUCCCAUUGCCAUCAACCUCGCUUCCUUCCCCGUCACCCUCGCUUCCCUUCCCCGUCGCACUCGUUUCCCCUUUCAUUGCCCUGCCCGUCCCCCUCGCUUCCUCUGCUCGUCGCUCUCGCUUCCUCUGCUCGUCGCUCUCGCUUCCCCAUUCGUCUCCCUCCGAGGGAGUCCCCGUCGCCGUCGCUUCCCCCUCCCCGUCGCCUUCGCUUCUCCCUCCGCGUCGCCUUCGCUUUUCCCUCCCCGUCGACCUCGCUUCCCCUGCUCGUCGCCCUCGUUUCCCCUGCUCGUCGCUCUCGCUUCCCCAUUUAUCUCCCUCCGAGGGAGUCCCCGUCGCCUUCGCUUCUCCCCUCCCCGUCGCCUUCGCUUCUCCCUCCGCGUCGCCUUCGCUUUUCCCUCCCCAUCGCCCUCGCUUCCUCAGUCAUCUCCCUCCUCGUCGCCCUCGAUUCCCCUGCUCGUCGCCCUCGUUUCCCCUGCUUGUCGCCCUCCUGCAGCAGCUGCAGCAUCAGGAGGAGGGCGGCUGAUCAGGCACACGGUGGACUACUUUCGAGAGCACUGGGUUCCGCCUCCCCCUCCUGUGAACGGCGAGCCGUCGACGUCAGCGCCAGGCUGGAACAUCGGUUUCUUAGGUGGCGGCAGCAAGAAGACAACAGGGCAAGCCAGAGCGACAGGAGCAGCAGCAGGUGGGAAAGCGACAGGCGGGGGGGCAGCAGGCGGAGCAACGGCAGGCUCCUCAAAGCACGUCCCUGCAUCUGUGAUUGCAUGCUCUCAUCAGGGCAACGGGCAUUUCAAGGCUGGUUGCUUCGAAGAAGCCCUCUCCUGCUACUCCCAAAGCAUUGCUCUCCAUCCCACCGCUGUGGCAUUCGCCAACCGAGCCAUGGCUGCACUGAAGCUGGGCAGUUACGAGGAGGCUGAAGCGGACUGCACAGAAGCGUUGGAUCGGGACGAUGAGUAUGUGAAGGCGCUCGCGAGGAGGGCUACUGCGAGACUGAGGCUUAGUCGACCCAUUGACGCUCUGCAAGACAUCACCCAAGGCCUCUCUCUUGAUCCCGGCAACAAGGAUUUGCUAAAGCAGCAAGUUCAGGCGAACGCUCUACUGCAGAAGCAGGCCAAGGAGGGAGUGGGGGUGAUUGCGAAGGCGCUCAAGGGAGGCACAGCAAGCGGCGAGGUUGUCGUGCCUGGGGUGUCAGGGAUAGCAGGGGGAGCAGGAGCAUCAGGAGGAGUCGCAGUGACUGUUUCAGGGCUUACUACAGAUGUUACAGGAGGAAAAGCGGUUCAGGAGAUUAAGGAGGUUAAGGGGAUUCAGGAUACUAAGGAGAUUAAGGGGGUAAAGGAGAUUAAGGAGGUGAAGGAGAUUAAGGAGGUGAAGGAGAAUAAGGAGGUGAAGGAGAUUAAGGAGGUGAAGGAGAUUAAGGAGGUGAAGGAGGAGAAGGCGGUUACAGAGGUUGAGAGGGGUGCAGAGAGUUCAGAGGCCACAGAAGUUGGUGGGGUCACAGGGGAUGGAAGGGUCGCAGGGGAUGGAAGGGUCGCAGGGGAUGGAAGGGUCGUAGGGGAUGGAAGGGUCGUAGGGGAUGGAAGGGUCGUAGGGGAUGGAAGGGUCGUAGGGGGUGCAGAGGCAGGGGGAGGCGCAGGGGGAGGUGCGAAAGGAGGUGGGGGGGAAGGUGUGGAGGGAGGUGUGGGGAUUUUAAGGAUCAGUGAUGUUACAGAGGCGGAUUCACAAGGGAAGGGACCCGUUUCGCCUGGAGCAGAGAAUAAGGGGAAGGCAGAACACGAGAAGGAGGAGGAGGAGGCAUUAGGAACACAGGCGGAGGGAACGCAAGAGCCAUCCUCCUCCUCUCCAUCCGCCCCUCCUUCCCUUCUUUCCGCCUCCCCUCCCCCUGCUUCUUCCCUCUCCACCCCUCCUAUCUCCCCCGUACCUUCGACUGCUGCUAGUGUCGUUGCCGUUCCCAGUCAGCGCGGGGUCGAGCUGACGUCAGUGCAUGACGUGGCGGUCGAAGGGACUUACGGGCCAACUCGAAAGUCACUGCGGGGUGUAGAGCUGACGUCAGCACAUGAGACGGCAGUGGAACGGGCGGCGGAGAUUCUGCGAGAAAAGGCAGCUGCUGCAGAGAUGAUGGGAGUGGGGCGGCACGAGGGGGAGCGGGGAUUGAGACAGGAGUUAGGGGUAGGGCAGCAGCAGGAGCAGCAGCCAGCAGCGGUAGCAGCCGCAGCAACAGUAGAAGCACCAGCAGCAGCAGCAGCCCCAGUGGCCUCUCCUGCUCCCCAGUCAGCAUUGGAGUUUGAGAGGCGGUGGCGGCGGCUGCAGGGGUGUGACGACGCACAGGCUGCCUUGAUCAAGUCACUCCCGCCUGCCCGCCUAUCAACCAUCUUCAAAGACUCUCUCUCUCCGCCGCUCCUCGCUGCAGUGCUCUCCAUAAUCCUUUCAACUCUCUUCAGCUCGGAUUCCGGAGCAGCCGUGGCUCUGCUCUCCGCCUUUCCUUCUGUGCCGCGCUUUCCCAUCCUCCUCCUCUGCAUGCCGUCUGCUGACAAGCAACGUCUUUCCACCCUGUGGGAUGAAGCCCUCUCGGCCUCCAUUCCAGCCGCUGCCACCCAUACUACCCUGCAGCACCUGCGCUCAGCGUACAAGCUCUAG